CAACGGCAGAAACGUAGUCUUAGCCCACACCUCCGCUCCAUCGCCAAUCGCGCGAUUUCAAUCAAGCCAUUUCUCUUCACGUCUUUUCCUAUCGUUCGUUACUUUUCUUCUUCAUCUCGAUCCUAAAAUUAUCAGGAACCGUCUGACUUCUCUUCUUCAUCCUCUUCUCGAUCUCUGGAUCUGGAACAGACACCAAUGGAACAGAACAGAGCGUGGUGAAAGGGGCUGAGCGAAACAGAGGAAGGAACGAAUCCAUGGACAAUCCAUACCAGUACCCUCAUCCUUACGGCUAUCAGAAUCCUCCUCCCUCUGCUCUGGCCAACCCCAGCCCCUAUGAAGCGCCGCACCAGUCUCCCCACCCUCCCUAUCUCUACACUUACAACUCCUUCCCAUCCCCACCCCCUCCAAACCCGUCGCUCCAAUUCACCCGCUCCGGCCCCAUCCAGUAUCCGCCUCCGCCGUCCUACCAUCCUCCUGCCGCCCCCUUCGUCGCUCCGACGAACUACUCCUACGAUCCCUACUCCUUUCCUCCACGCAACCCCCACCCCUACAUCUAUCCCUACACGAUCCCCUACGAACCCGCCAAGUACGACGUCAUCUCUGCUCAGUUACCCGUUUCCUCGUCGUCGUCGUCGUCGAUCUAUCCGAUCAACAAUCACCUCGCUAACGGCCGCCUCGCCGAUCAAACCCUGUCCCCAGAUUCGUCGCAUCACCGGUCGGCGAUUCACGAUUACCAGCGCCAGUCCUUCUCCGGGAGCUUGUCGUCCGUUACGCCGUUCGCCACACCGCCGGCUACCCCUUCCCGUGAAUCGCAGCAUGGGGCGAUCGUGCCGUUCGCUGGAUCGCCGUCUUCGAGGGGCCGGGCGUCGCUCAAGGUGCUGCUGCUUCAUGGAAGCCUCGACAUCUGGGCGUACGAGGCCAAGAACCUCCCCAACAUGGAUUUGUUCCACAAGACGUUGGGGGACAUGUUUGGCCCGCGGAUAACGGGCACCAUAAGCGGCAAGGUGGAGCAUGUGACUUCGAUAACCAGCGACCCUUACGUGACCAUCAACGUGUGUGAUGCGGCAAUCGGCAGGACAUACGUGGUGAGCAACAGCGAGAACCCCGUUUGGAUGCAGCAUUUCAAUGUUCCGGUAGCACACCAUGCGGCCGAAGUGGAGUUCUUGGUCAAGGACAGUGACGUACUCGGAGCACAGCUUAUCGGUUCUGUUUCGAUCCCAACGAUGCAGAUUUACUCUGGCGAGAAGGUGGAAGGGACUUACCCAAUUCUGUGUCCUAAUGGAAAGCAAUGCAAACCUGGUGCUGUCUUAAGGUUGUCGAUACAGUAUAUUCCAAUGGAGAGGCUUAGCAUUUACCAUCAUGGAGUUGGCGCCGGUCCUGACCACUGUGGCGUGCCCGGUACCUAUUUCCCUCUCAGGAAAGGUGGGAAGGUCACACUUUAUCAAGAUGCUCAUGUUCCUGAUGGUUAUCUCCCGGACCUGAUGCUGGGAAAUGGGAUGUAUUACGAGCAUGGGAAGUGUUGGCAUGACAUUUGUGAUUCAAUAAUCAAUGCUCGCCGUCUGAUAUACAUCAUCGGGUGGUCAGUUUUCCACACCGUUCGUCUGGUAAGGGAUUCUGGUAAUUCGUCUUCUCCUAUCCUAGGUGAUCUCCUGAAAUCAAAGUCGCAGGAAGGCGUGAGAGUGUUGCUUCUUGUAUGGGACGAUCCGACGUCCAGGAACAUCCUGGGUUAUCGAACAGAUGGUGUAAUGGGAACCCGUGAUGAGGAAACUCGUCGUUUUUUCAAGCACUCAUCAGUGCAAGUUUUGCUUUGUCCUCGUUCAGCUGGUAAAAGACACAGCUUUGUGAAACAACAGGAAACGGGAACCAUCUACACUCAUCAUCAGAAACAAGUGGUUGUGGAUGCUGAUGCUGGUAAUAACACAAGAAAGAUAAUAGCUUUUGUUGGAGGGCUUGAUUUAUGUGGUGGGCGGUAUGACAAUCCAAAACACCCUUUGUUUAGGACACUACAAACGCUGCAUAAGGAUGACUAUCACAAUCCCAAUUUUGUGAAUUAUGAUGACAGUGGUCCAAGAGAACCAUGGCAUGAUUUGCAUUCUAGAAUUGAUGGUCCAGCUGCUUAUGAUGUUCUCAAAAACUUUGAGGAGCGUUGGUUAAAAGCUUCAAAGCACCAUGGGAUCAAAAAAUUGAAGAAAUCAUCAGAUGAUGCAUUGCUGCAUAUUGAAAGAAUCCCAGAUAUUAUAGGGGUUAAUAAUUCACUGUACAUGAAUGAUAAUGAUCCAGAGACUUGGCAUGUUCAGAUUUUCCGAUCAAUUGAUUCAAAUUCAGUGAAAGGUUUCCCAAAAGAUCCAAGAGAUGCCACUAAUAAGAACCUCAUUUGUGGGAAGAAUGUACUGAUUGACAUGAGUAUACAUAGAGCUUAUGUCCAUGCCAUCCGAGCUGCUCAACACUUUAUUUACAUCGAGAAUCAGUACUUCCUGGGUUCAUCAUUUAAUUGGGAUUCAAACAAGAACUUAGGUGCCAAUAAUCUGAUACCAAUUGAAAUUGCCCUUAAAAUUGCAAACAAAAUUAAAGCAAAUGAACGCUUCUCUGCAUAUAUUGUUAUUCCCAUGUGGCCUGAGGGUAAUCCAACUGGUGCUCCUACACAAAGAAUUCUUUUUUGGCAGAAUAAAACUAUGCAAAUGAUGUAUGAGACAAUAUAUACAGCCUUGAAGGAAGUCGGUCUUGAGAAUAUAUAUGAGCCACAAGAUUAUUUAAACUUCUUUUGCCUUGGUAAUCGGGAAGCUUCAGAUCUAAACAGUGCGAGUCAGAAUGCAGAAAUCUGUCCUCAAGCACUUGCGAAGAAGAAUAGACGCUUCAUGAUCUACGUGCAUUCAAAGGGUAUGAUAGUGGAUGAUGAAUUCGUUAUCAUGGGAUCAGCAAACAUCAACCAAAGGUCGUUGGAAGGUACGAGGGAUACAGAGAUAGCAAUGGGCGCAUACCAACCCCAGCAUACCUGGGCAAGAAAGCUCUCUGGUCCUCGUGGACAGAUUUUUGGUUACAGAAUGUCGCUGUGGGCCGAACACAUUGGAACCGUCGAGGAGUGUUUUACCUCUCCACACAGCCUCGAAUGCAUGAGACGGGUUCGUGACCUUGGUCUGCUGAACUGGAAACAAUUUGUGGCUGAUGAUAUUACUGAAAUGAGGGGCCACCUACUCAAAUACCCAGUUGAUGUCGACAAGAAAGGCAUGGUGAAACCUCUUCCUGGAUUUGAAACAUUCCCAGAUAUUGGUGGAAACAUCUGCGGGUCAUUUUUCGGCAUUCAAGAAAAUCUUACUAUAUGAAAUUUUUUUCUUGAUCAGUUCCAGCAUCACUUCACCAUCGUUAU